UCGCGCAAUAUGGCGGCUGUGUUGACAAUUCAUCAGUAUUACGGUCAAAACAAUGGUAGAACGACGUUUUCGGGUCGUUAUUUCCACCGGAUAGAAUAAAAAAAAUUCCAAAAUGUCUUGUUGCGUGUGUGGAAUUGAGAGAUCACCUUUGACACGAGAUGUUUGUUUCCACAGUUUGCCAAAAAAUCCAGAAACCCGAAGAAAAUGGCUAGAUCUCUUACAAAAAGGGGAUGCCAAACGGCUCGUCGUAUGUGGUAACCAUUUUACACCCGAAGAUUAUAGGGAGUCUUCCAUGAAGCCUCUUUUGAAACCAGAUGCUGUACCACGACGAGAGCUGGUGGAAAUAUUCCGUAAUACAAAACCACAGAACAAAAGCCAAUCAGAAUUACAACAAAGUGAGACAGUAACAGAUGAUCAUACCUACUAUUGUAUGAAACUAAGAUGUGCAGAUGCAUUAAUCGCUAAAGAGUCCCCACAUGAAGAAGGUGAUCGUGUGAUUCCCCAGGACCCAGAAGGUCUUGUUAAUGAUCUCGAUACCUCAGAAAGGACAUCAUCUGAGCAACCUGAGAACUCUGACGUAAAUGAAAAAAUAAAUUCAUCAAGCUCUCAAGUUCUUAGAGAUGCUUCAAAUGUGAAGUCUCCUAAGAUCGAACCCACAGGACAUUUGAAAAGAAAACUUAAGCCGGGGUAUGUCUGCCAACCUCCUGCCAGGAAACGUUUGUAUGUUGGUGAAUUCGGAGUCUUUCGACCGGAAGAUUUCAAGAAAGAAGCGACAUGGCAUCGAUUCGUCAAUUUAUAUUUGGAUUUAAAAAGAGAAACUAUUCUAUUGAAGCGUAAAAAUGAGCGGUUGAAUGAUAGAAUGACGAUGUAUAAAAAAAUGGUUGCGCAUUUGCAAAAGACACAGAGAGAGGGACAAUGAAACUAUGAACAUUCUUCUCCGUUCUUAAAAUCUCUUGUAUUUUUUAUGUGACUGCAUGUGAGAUUAAAGUUUUGUAUUUAUGAGUUCAAAA